AUGUCGGAGCGGCACUCCCGUCCGUCCAGUCCGUACUUGGAGCCACCAAGCAAGAGCUUCGAGGGCGAAGACAUCGGGGUUCAGGAAUCUGCGUCUAAUAGCGACGAAGAACAUUUCUCAGACGCCACUGAGGGCAAUCAACAUUCUCAUUCCCGUUCGCCUUCCGGUCGCACAUCCCCUGUCCCGCGGACUCGGGUCGAGAAAGUGGACGAGGAUCCAUCCCACGGCGACGUUCCCGGGACCCCUGCGUAUGAGAAGAGAGGACAGGAUGCUGUCCCCGAUGAGAUUGAAGUGAUCCCCGAGGGCUCGCGCAGUAGAAGCCAUUCUGCUGCGGGGUCGCAGGGCCGCUCACCAAGUCCGGGGGCUAUUCCCCGAACACUUGUCGAAAAGAUCGAUCCCAGCGAACCAGCACAUGGCGAAGUCCCGGGAACAGCUGCAUAUGAACAGCGCAAGGCAGACGCAGUGCCUGAUAUUGUGACGACGGUUCCAGAGUCUGACGACAAGCCGCCGUCACCCAGUGCGGAAGCAAGUGAGCCCAACGCCGCGGAUGUGGAUGUGCCGGAAACUCUUCUUUCGCGUGUCGAUUCCAUUCCAAAUGAGGAUGGAAAGCCACGCCAGCGAGCGCAUAAAAGAAGUCCCAGCGAUGCUUUGCCGGAUUCGACUGAGACAAUCCAGGAUGUCCCAGCACAGGAUGUCAGGGAACGAUUGACCAAUUCAGAUUCGACGACCUCGCUGUCAAAUAGCCCAGAAAACCGAGAUCAGCCAUCCUUGACGGAAAGCAACAACGAUCACAAUGAUUCUAACGAUGAUGAUGCUGGCAAUGUUGACACAGAGAACGCGACCCACCCAGGGCCCUCCCAGGAUGAAGCACCUAUGGAUGACUUUGAUGACUUUGCGGAAGAACAAGACGACAUGGGAGAUGACGAUUUCGGGGACUUUGACGAUGGAUUCCAGGAAGGAGAGAUCGCUGAUUCCGAGAACAUGGAUCAGGGUGACGUGAAUCCUCCGCAACCUCCCCCUCCUUCAGUCCCUCCUCUUGUAGAAUUUGAUACCUUUAGAUCUCUUCCCCACCUCUUUGCUGCCCUGGAGUCUCCCCUCGACGAUCUCUUCCCCGCCUCUAAAAACGUAUCCUCACUACCUCCGGUUGAACCCAUUCCGAACUCAUCUGCCAUCUUCAGCACCGAACGUUCCUUGUCCUUGUGGUCCCAACUUGUUGCGCCUCCCCCCUUGCAACCCCAGAAUUGGGUCAAGUCUCGAAUUCGCCGACUGUUCCUGGUAUCGUUAGGGGUUCCUGUUGAUUUGGAUGAGAUCCUUCCGGCGUCAAAACAAAAGAAGCUCGUCUUGCCGUCGAUCAAUCUGGACGGCUCAGAAAGCACUAGCCUUGACGGCCCUCAAGGUCAAGCCAAAAAAGAUGGCUUGCAAGGUGGCCCUGAGAACGCUGGCACGUCAAGUACAGCAAGUCGAUCGAGAACGUCACGCCGUCGCGAUGCACCACCACCUGAAUUGGAUCUAUCUGCGGUCCGACGAUUAUGUGCAACCACGGAUGCGGCGUUGGGUGGGCUCACUGAACCCGAACUAAAAGGUCAUGUCACAGAGUUGGAGCAAGUCACACUUCGAGCCAGCACGGUUCUAGAGUAUUGGCUCAAGCGACGAGAUGGACUUGUCAGUGAAAAGGAGGCGUUUGAGGGUGUGAUUGAAAAUUUGGUCAGUCAUGCCAGACGAGUAAGGAAGUAA